AUGCCCGAGCAAACUGCCAAAUUUGCACAGCGAGUAGGAGAAGUAAUCCUGAAGACUGUGGAAUUAGGUAUCGCCAUGUCUCGUCUCAAUAAUGAAGCCACUCAAGAAGCAUCGAAAGGAGCAGAAGCCGAGCCUUCGAAAAAGUCAAAGAAGCUAAAGCUCCACAGGAUCCCGCGAUUUGUAGCAAUCAUAGACGGUAGGUAUCAUGAUACUUCAUUGAGAUCGUGUUCGAGGACGAGGGGUGCAGGGAGGGGAAAAGAAAGGGGGUAUAGUUUGCGUGUGGCUUCGUGGAAUGUAGGAACCCUUAGUAGUAAGUUGUUGGAGAUCAUAGAUACACUCAAAAGACGUAGGGUAGAGAUAGCGUGCCUUCAGGAGACUAGAUGGAAGGGACAUAAGGGGGAUGAGCGCAAUGGGUAUAAGUUGUUAUAUUCAGGGUCUGAUGGGGUAAAGAAUGGGGUAGGAUUUCUAGUAGAUGUAAACUUGUACAAAAAUGUGGUAGAGGUGAUACGUCACAACGAUAGGAUCAUGGUGUUGAGAUUAGUACUAGGAGAGGAAGUGGUGACAGUUGUUUGCGCAUAUGCUCCACAAGUGGGUUUAGGGGAUCAAGAGAAAAGAGAUUUUUGGGACUGCCUAGACGGAGUUGUGAGGGCCAUACCUAGGGAAGAAAGAAUUUUCAUAGGAGGCGAUUUUAAUGGACAUAUUGGUAGGCAUAGUGAUGGUUUUAGUGAAGUGCAUGGGGGCUUUGCUUUUGGUGAUAGAAACAACCCUGGUAGGGAUUUGUUAGAGUUCGCGGUGGCCCACAACCUAGGUAUUUUGAAUUCUUUCUUUAAGAAGAAAGAAUCACAGUUGAUUACUUUUAGCAGUUGCGGACGUAACACUCAGAUUGACUAUAUUUUGAUGAGGCUAGGAGAUCGAAGGUGGUGGAGGGACUGCAAGGUUAUACCAGGGGAGGCAGCAGUGACUCAACACCGCUUAUUGGUGGCGGAUAUAGUCAUGAGAGGAAAGCUGACCAAGGGAGAGAGGGUAAUGCGACCUAGGGUUAGAUGGGGUAUGUUAAAGGGUGACAAAAUCGAAGUGUUUAGAGAUAAGGUCCUCUUAAUGACAAUGCCUAGAGUAGAUGGGGACGCUAACCAAAUGUGGGAGGACAUGGCAAACACCAUUACUAAUGUGGCGAAGGAAACGCUAGGGGUCGUAAAAGGAAAGAGGUGUGGCCAUAAGGAGUCAUGGUGGUGGAAUGAGGAUGUGCAUACUAAAAUAAGGAUUAAACAAGGGUGCUUUAGGGAUCUUUUGAGGUGUACAGUCGAGGAGGAGCAAGCGGUUUUAAGGGAGAGAUAUAAAGAGGCUAAGAGAGAGGCGAAGAAGGCAGUAUCAGAGGCGAAGAACGCAGCUUACAAGCAGAUGUAUGAUCGACUGGAAACAAAGGAGGGGGAACAUGACAUGUUCAAGAUCGCAAAGGCUAGAGAGCGUAGAAGGCAAGACUUAGGAGCAGUGAAGUUUUUAAAGGGAGAGGAUGGAUGCGUUUUGGUCAAAGAACACGACAUUAAGAUGAGAUGGCGACUACGGAAUAACGGUUACUGUCGACGUAUCACACGGGAGGAGGUGAGAACAGCCCUUAGUAAGAUGGGAAGGGCUAAGGCAGUUGGGCCUGAUAACAUACCAAUUGAGGUAUGGAAGUGCUUGGGAGAAGAAGGAGUUCAUUGGCUAACUAUUUUAUUCAAUCUUAUCUUCAAAUCUGGGAAAAUGCCAGAUCAAUGGAGGAAUAGUGUAGUAGUACCUGUGUAUAAGAACAAAGGGGACGCCCAAUGUUGUGGGAAUUAUAGAGGGAUUAAGUUACUAGGGCACACUAUGAAACUAUGGGAGAGAAUAAUUGAGACGAGAAUCCGAAGAGAAACUCAAGUCACGGUAAACCAAUUUGGUUUUAUGCCAGGGCGAUCGACUACGGAAGCAAUACAUAUUCUAAGGAGAUUGAUGGAGAAGUAUAGGGAGAAGAAAAGGGACCUACACAUGGUGUUCAUUGAUCUUGAAAAGGCCUAUGACAGUGUGCCACGUAGACUGAUUUGGGAUAGUUUGGAGAGUAGAGGGAUUUCUAGGAAGUAUAUAGACUUAAUUAGGGAUAUGUAUGUUAGGACUGAAAUUAGUGUCCGAGCGCCUGUGGGGGAUACUGAUUCUUUCCCGGUGGAGGUGGGACUCCACCAAGGGUCUGCUUUGAGCCCUUUUCUAUUUGCAGUUAUCCUAGAUGAGUUGACAAAGUUAAUUCAGGGGGCUCUUCCGUGGUGCCUGCUUUUUGCAGAUGAUAUUGUGUUACUUGCUGAUAGUAAACAAAGCCUGAAUGUGAGGCUAGAAGAGUGGCGAGCAGCUUUAGAGGGCAGGGGUUUAAGGAUUAGUCGAUCUAAGACUGAGUACUUAUAUUGCGACUUUAGUGGAGUGGACAACGAUGAGGACAUUCAGAUCACCAUUGACGGUCAAGCGGUUCCGCAGGUGACUAAGUUCAAGUAUCUAGGAUCGUUUGUCCAGAGGGAUGGGGAGAUAGAUAGUGACGUUGCCCACCGCAUCCAGGUUGGAUGGUGUAGGUGGAGAGCUGCCACUGGGGUAUUGUGCGAUAGGAGGUUCCCAACAAAAUUGAAAGGGAAAUUUUAUAGGGUUGCAAUUAGACCUGCUAUGUUAUAUGGAACCGAAUGUUGGGCCAUUAAGGAAGUACAGGCACGUAAGAUGGAGGUAGCAGAGAUGAGAAUGCUAAGAUGGAUGUGUGGGCACACAAGGUUAGACCGGAUAAGAAAUAAUGUUUUUAGGGAGCGAUUAGAAGUAGCUAGUAUAUCAGAUAAGAUAAAGGAGGAAAGAUUGAGAUGGUUUGGGCAUGUGAAGAGGAGGCAGACGAUAGAACCAGUUAGAGUGAUUGAAACCCUCGAGGUGGAGGGGAGGAGGAGUAGAGGUAGACCCAAAAUUACGUGGGAUGAGCGGAUUAAGCAGGAUUUGCAAAGAUUGCACCUCUCUGAGAACAUGGUCCAUGAUAGGAACUCGUGGAGACGUAGGAUUAAGGUUAAGGAUUUUUAG